GGAGUGUGUAAUGUUUCAGGUGAGAUGUGGGACCUGUGAGAUUUGGUGUGUGUUGCUGUCAGCACGGACUGGUGACUCUUGGUCUCUGCAGCCGACUUCCCUCCUGAUCAGCUGUUCAAUGUGUUUUUACUCUUUUACCCUCCCUGUCCCUCCUCCUCUCUCUUCUUCCAGAUCCACCGUUGGACACAACUCUGGAACCCCAGGGAGCAGGGACUGGAGACUCUGGUCCGGGUUUAACUCGUGACCCAGCAGGGACUGCAAGCUCAGAUCCACAGAUGUCCACAGUGGAACAGACCCAGGGAUCAUCGACUGGAGAAUCCGUCCAGGAACUGGCUUCUGUCCCAGUGGGAGACACAUCCUCAGAUCCAGCCUCCGUACCAACUGAGGAAGCCCAGAAAACAGCUCAACCCCAGGAAACAGCUGAACCCCAGAAAACAGCUGAACCCCAGGAAACAGCCGAACCCCAGGAAACAACAGCUGAACUCCAGGAAACAACAGCUGAACCCCGGGAGGAUGUGUCCACCGUCCCAGAACCAGAUACAAACUCAGAUCCCCAGAUGUCCACAGUGGAACAGACCCAGGGAUCAUCGUCUGGAGAAUCCGUCCAGGAACCGGCUUCAGUCCCAGUGGGAGACACAUCCUCAGACCCGGAGACGUACACAAAGGAAGAGACGGGAGGACCGGCCACUGGAGAGGCCACCCAGGAACCGUCCUCUGUCCCAGCGGGAGACACAUCCUCCGAUGCGGGCAGAGGGACAAGUGCAGAAGGCAGGGAAGACAAGCCGUCGGAUGCUGAAUGCAAACCACACAUUGGCUCAGACUGGUGGGAUGAGGAGUGUGAGAAGAUGAUCGACCAAGUCCAAGGGUUGUACAUUGGGCAGAGUGAGCUGGACACGGCUGAACAGAAGGAGGCCUAUCUCCAUGAGGUACGUCAGAUGCUGAGAGAGCAAUUCCCCUGCAAGUACUUCCUGCCCAAGGACAUUGGUCAACAGACCAGGAAACGCAGCAAGGGAGAAGGGAAUUGA